AUGGGCAUCUCAUCUUUGUCGAUUUGCCUUGACUUGUCUCGAAAUAAUCUUACUGGCGCCAUUCCAGAAGAAGUUGGAAAAUUGCAAAAUCUUGGUGAACUACAUCUUGACAGGAACAGAUUAUCUCAACAGAUUCCAAGCAGUAUAGGUAGUUGUAUAAGCAUGGAACGCCUAUAUGUACAGGAUAACUUCUUUGGAGGGCCCAUACCAUCCAUUAUGAGUUCCAUGAGAGGCCUUCAGGUUUUGAAUGUUUCCAACAACCAAUUGUCUGGCCAAAUCCCGAAAUUUCUGGAGUCGCUAAAUUUGACGAAUUUGAGCCUAUCUUACAAAAAUUUAGAGGGUGCAUUGCCUACAGGAGGAGUUUUCAGAAGUGCCAUUUCAACUUCGGUCGUUGGAAACAAGAAGCUUUGCGGGGGUCUCCCAGAUUUUCAACUACCCAAAUGCUACUACAAAGAGUCAAAACGGACGAGAAUAAGCGGAAUUGCAAAAAUUCUUAUAUCUAUAGUCUCUGCUCUUGUUGGAGUAGCCUGCAUACUGUCUUUGUUAUACUUCUUCUGGUUUAGACACAAUAAGAAUGCAUCAGCUUCAAGUUCUUCUGAAGAUGGGAUUUUGCAUGUUUCUUAUCACGAUCUAUUAAAAGCGACAGGUGGAUUCUCCUCCACCAAUUUGCUUGGUGUGGGCAGUUUUGGGUCCGUGUACAAAGGGCUGCUUAAUCAAACUCAGUUGGUUGUGGCCAUCAAGAUUCUCAACCUUACAUGUGAUGGAGCUUCCAAGAGCUUCAUAGCCGAGUGCGAGGUCUUGAGAAGAAUCCGACACCGUAAUCUCGUGAAGGUACUCACGGCAUGUUCUGGGUUUGAUUUUAAUGGAAAUGAUUUCAAGGCACUUGUCUACAAAUUCAUGUCAAACGGAAGCUUGGAUGAGUGGCUGCACUCAACUGCAUCACAAUAUACGGAGAGAAACAAGUUGAGUCUACUUGAGAGAGUGAAUAUUGCAAUCGAUGUUGCUUGUGCACUAGAUUAUCUCCAUCAUCACUAUGAAAUGCCAAUAGUUCAUUGUGAUCUAAAGCCAAGUAAUGUCCUUCUUGACGAUGAAAUGAAUGGACAUGUAGGCGAUUUUGGGCUUGCCAGGUUCCUUCCAGAAGCAACACAUAAGUUGCUAGCAAAUCAAUCGAGCUUUGUCGAAGUAAAGGGAUCUUUUGGCUACAUAGCUCUAGGUAAUGAAGCAUACCUUGGGUCAUUCAGCUUGUUUCUUUGAACACAUAAUUGUAGAUAGAUCCUUAAAGAAAAAAGGCAUAGACAUAAAACGUCACCGAGAAUAUAUUUCAAACUUAACCAUUCACCUUGCAUCAAUACAUUGUUGAUUGUUGUAGAGUAUGACGUGGGAAGUGCGGUAUCUACAGAAGCAGAUGUGUAUAGCUUCGGAGUCCUCAUUUUGGAGAUGUUCACAAGCAAGAGGCCGAUUGAUGACAUGUUUGAAGAUGGGUUGGACCUUCAUCGCUUCACAAAGGCAGCUUUGGCAGACCGAGUGGAGAAGGCAUUUGAUCCCAUUUUGCUUCAAGAAAUCGAGGAGUUGGAGAAGAGACGAACAAUUGCUUCGGAGGGCAAGAACAAGAGCUGGUGUAGUAUCAAGGAUUGUUUGGUUUUGAUCAUCGAAGUAGGAAUCACUUGCUCUUUUGAGUCUUUGAAGGAGCGAAUGGACAUCUAUGAUGCAUUGAUUAAACUCCAAGGAAUGAGGAAGAAACUUCUUGAGUUCAUUGUCACUGUCUAGUUGAUGUCAAAUUUGAACUUCAUAUA